GGCGCAACUGCAAGUUUCCUCCAAUUUGUUUGCUCAAUUUAAUCAAAGCCGCAUUUUAACUCAACAACUGUGGCGACUCAGUUUUUAGUGCAACUCAAUGUGAUCAGUAUUUAACAAAUUUAGUUCCAAUGAGUAACUGGUUUCAUGACUAACCUGUGUAUAUUACUGAUAGAGUUUAAACUGAUUAGCCAUGUAAAGGUUGAAAUCACAUUAACUGUUUACUUUUGUGUGUUUGUGCAACUUGACUUUUGGACUCUUUGUAACUUAAUGGCUUUAAACGGACCCUCAACACCCAUCAUUGCAUCAUGUUAUGGAUGUGGACUUUCCUUGGCAACCUCACCGUUAAUCGCCUUAAUAUCGGGUCAUCAUCAUCAAUGGCACACUGAUUGUCUCAGAUGCUCCGAGUGUGAAGAAUCUCUGAGCACUGAACGAUCCUGUUAUCUUAAAAAUGGGCGAAUCUAUUGUAAAAAAGAUUACCUCAAUUUAGUCCGAGCUAAUGUCAAGUGUUCAAAAUGUUUUAGGAUAAUCUCACCAAAUGAUUGGGUUCGUCGAGCUGGAUCUCAUGUGUACCAUUUAGCUUGUUUUGCUUGUGAUUUGUGUCAACGACAGAUGAGCACUGGUGAACAGUUCACAAUUGAUAAUGCAACAGAGGAUAUGAAAUUACUGUGUAAACUUCAUUUUGGUAUAACGACGACUAGUGAAGGAGAUUCUCAUGACAGUAGUAGCAAUGAUUCCCUAUCAAGUUCAACCCCAAAACCAAGUAAAACCAAAAGAGUACGAACAACGUUCACCGAGGAACAACUGCAAAUACUUCAAGCAAAUUUUCAGAUUGACUCUAAUCCAGACGGACAAGAUCUUGAAAGGAUAGCAACUUUAACUGGACUCUCUAAGCGUGUAACUCAAGUUUGGUUUCAAAACUCUCGAGCUCGACAAAAGAAGCAUCUUAACCGUUCUCGAGGUCCAGAAACGGGUCCAACAAGUGGACUUACAGGCUGUGGCCUUGGCAGUGGUACUUCAGGGUCUUCAUGGGGCAAUCCAGGAGAAGUGACCAACUCUAAUCAGUCUUGGUCGCUAUCUAAUAAUCUUUGCUCCGAUGGCAACUCCAAUUGACUCUUGAUCUCAACUUGACAAAAUUGCUUCUCAUUUCCUUUUCCUUUACAUUCACCAACAAUUUUAAAAACUCGCAACAUUCAAAUGAAAUCACAAGAAAAUGGUGAUGCUCAUCACAAAGCCACCAAAUCAUUCCAAGUCACUUGGACAUUACCAAAGAGAGAUUCAUCAUCAUCAUCAUUACCAUUCAUUUGUUCAUUAACCAUCUUCUUGUCCAUCAAGUAAGACCAUAUCAAUCUCUUUUUCUUUGUACAUAAACGCAACUCGACAAAACACUCGACACUCAAUGAUAAUUUAUCAAUGGAAAAAUUCCAGCUUCUUUUGAGUUUCAAGUUUAUUCUGGUUAACAAAGUACAGCCAAAUAAGGUACCAAGCCAAGUAUCAACUUAGCUAUUAACUGUUGCCGUUUAAUCUAAUUACGUUUAAUUUGAUUCUUUUACCCAGAAUAAUGAGACUGAAAAUUUACAGCAAACCUCAAUCAAAUUGAUCCUCAAAGGAUUGUGUACAAAAAAUGAAGCAUUUUUUUCACAACUUACCUUUACUCUCAUUGUGUGUAAUAAUUAACUAACAAUACUCAAUUGUUUUGACUCUUUCAUGCUUCUAAUCAUUUACCUGAUGAUCGAUAAUCAUCGACUGUAAUAUAUUUUAAAAUCGUGUUCAAAUCUCAGUGUUAACAAACCAAAAUAUGUACAAAAUUAAAUGACGAAAAGAGGUAAAAAGAUGAAAAAAAAUAAAGCAAAAUUUUGAA